AUGCCCAUCUCCCCAGAAACAGCAGAGAUCAUCCGCCGCAAAAAGGCUCAAUACUGCCGCUUCGCGGACAGCUGUGAGUGGCACCACUUUGACAACAUCAUGCUCCCCUCCAUGACCUUUGAAGCCGUCGACCUGGACGGCACCAUCUUGACUUUGAACGGGGUCAAGUACCGCUGGGAGUCGCGCGAGGCGUGGGUCGCUCACUUUAGCGCGGCCUUCAAGGUCGUGCAGACGAUACAUCUGACGGACGCGGGGGACCUGGAGCAGGUCGCCGAGGACGAGGUCAAGGCCGUGUUUGGGAUGAUUUAUCACGGCGGGACCAGGGGCUCGGAAGCGGGGAUGCAUUCCACCGGCGCCGGGCAUUAUCACGAGACGUGGAGGCGUGUUGAUGGGGAUUGGUUCCUGGAGAGUUGUUCUAUGAAGAGGCUAUAUUCUAAAGUGAUGCAGAUUUGA